GUUUUCUCCCCCGCCCCCUCCUCUAUUCUGUCCUCCUCCUCCGCCAACAGCCUCUAAGGACGCACUUCAAGGCUGCUGCAUCCUUUCCCGAGGCUUCUAAAGGGAGGGGAGGGGGAAGCCCUGCCUUCUCUUGCAUAGAGCCUCGGCAGUCGGACGGUCUGCAGGGAAAUGGGCUGCGGGAACUCCACAGCCUCCAGCGGCGGUAGUAGAGGGACUGCAGGGACGGCCAAAGAUGGAACAGAAGAAUCAGUGUCAGAAGAUGACAAAAGGAGGAAUUAUGGGGGUGUGUAUGUUGGUCUACCAGCUGAUGCUGCCACUAAGAUUUCUAGUAAGACCAAGACUGCUCCUAAAGAUUAGAAGACUGUGAACACACAGAAUGCUUUGACUAGUAGGAGCCACCAACUCGGAGCCUCUACCAGAGACAAAGUUGGCAACACAGUUUAUCCCUCUCACCCUUGUAUAAAAUUCACUCAGAUCCAAAUUCAAUUAUCAACAUCCUGCAACUGAACGGAGAGCUGUCUUUUUGCUGAAGAUUUGUAUAGCCGUCCAAAAAGCCAGGAAGCUGAGGCCACAGAAAUGCUUUAUGAUGGAAGUUACAACUGCAGGACAAGAUGAAUGCUCAGAAUGCAAUUGAGGAUUGGGUUUGGAUUGUUGUUCUCAUUAGGAUGUCAUCACUGAUUGACAGGUUAUGGCGGAUACACACUGCUGAUAGCCGGCACUGGACAUACUGCAGAUUUCAUGCCAGUUUUCUUCUAGUGACUCUUGAUGAGUUUUAUACAAUGAGGUCAUUACUAAUACUGUUCACUAGGCAGGGGUGUAAAUGAAUGGUUGAUUCAGUAGUCAGUUUAUUCUAAAGUAAUAUAUUUGACAUUGCUUAAUUUUUUUUUAAGCUAUUGCUUCAGGGAUUUGGAUGCAGGCAUAGGCAGAUUUCACCAAUUACUGCAUUUUGCUUUUUCUUGCAAUGAACCAACUACUGAAAUUGAUUUUUUUAAAUAAUAUAUUGAAUUGCUUAAGAACAUUUCUUUCACCAGGGAUGGGCGUACUUCAUUUGCAAUAUUUAUUUAUUUCUUGAUGGGGGUUUUUGGGGGGUAUUGGUGGUGAUGCCCCUUUCAGUCAAAGAAUGCAAUCACUGCCACUCAUUUCUGAGGCACUCACACAAGAGUGCCAUGCAAGCCUCAUUCAAAUAAAUAACAUUUGCUCAGCAGCAGUGGUUGAUGGACUACAGUUAGCCUGAUCCACAUGUGGUUGUCUCUUGCACUGCUGAAAUUAUUAAUAUCCAGGAGGUGAAUGAUUACAAUAGCAUAUUAUCCAGCAAUAUAUGGAUUCUUUGGUGCCCCAGGCAGGGCUGAUCCAACCUCCGGUUCUGCACAGGUUUUAAAUAUGCAGGCAUCUCAAAGUUUUAUACCUUUUGUGCUAAUAGCAACAUCACAUGCAUGGAUAUAAAUAAGAGAUGGACUCAUAUGUCCCUUCUGUAUGCCAUACUGUGACGAGUCCAGUUAUGUUUCUAAAUGCCAUUAAGUUCAUAGUGAACAUCGUCAACACAACACCAAUCAGUGUCUCUAUGUGACUGAAAUGUUAUUAAACUAUUGAAAUGUUUUUCAUAA